AUCUCUAGAUUGUGAGUGUAUAAAUAGCCGUCGUGAAACUAGAGUUCGUUAUUCUAGUGUUCUGAACUCUACAAGAACUAUACUCAGCGAUUUAAGGUAAAAUCGACUCAACACAAGAAAAUAUGCUGAAGCUGAUAUGUCUGGCUGUUUUGGCCUGUGGGGCAUACGCGAUAGUGUGCCCGCCCAACAUCUGCGACACCAUGGACUGCGCCGCAAUGGACAGUUGUAACGGAUUGGUGAAAAAGAACGGAGGGUUUUGUGGAUGCUGCGACAGCUGUAUCACUCAGCUUGUGGAAGGAGACGCGUGCAGUACUUUCCUCCUGUUGGGGGUGCCCUCCACUGAAUCCUGUGGGGACGGACUGUACUGUGACCAGCACACACACCGAUGCCACCCGAUCGUUAAGCGGGAUCUUGGCCCAUGCGCACAGAGGCUGGCGGAAGUAAAUGCUCAGCUCGAUGCCUCUCAGCAUAUGUUGCUUGGAUUAGAGAAGCCACACUGUGACACCAAUGGUAACUACCUCGGAAUGCAGUUCUCUGGAUCCCAGGCUUACUGUGUGACGGAGGAUGGCACCAUGAUUAACGGUUACAUGGUCAACAGGUGGGAAACAGGGGAUAGCAUGACUUGUCAGUGCGCUCGUGACCAGUACAAAUACAUGCAGUCAGGGCUGAUCGGCAAGAUGUUCAACUGUGCUCCCAACGGUAACUACGCCUCGGUAGGAUGUACCGGGUCUGUGUGCUACUGCAUUGACCAGAGUGGAAACCAAGUGGGUGUCUCAACAAUUCCCAUUGGUCAACAGGAUGCUCUUAACUGCUAGGGAUAAGAGAUAAAAGCGCCUCUGCAGCAAUAAAAGCCCUAUACAGUGGAAUUUCGAAAAUAAACUAUACACUUUUA